AUGAACGUCUGCAGCGUGGUCCUGCUGGCGAAGGUCAUCGCGGCCAGCGGCAACCAGUUGAUGGCGCAGAUGUCAAACGACGAAUCCCUGAUGCGGGUGGCGGUUCAGCGUGUUUUCCAGCAGCCACUCGUCGCGGACCCGGACGCGUGCCAGCGCCCUCAGGAUUACGGUGAGGUGCUGCAAGUUGUAGUGCUCGAAAUUUUGGGCGACCUGUUUGCAGAGCGUCGCGUAGAACUCGUGGUCUUCCAGGCAGGCGUUGCUGUACGCAUCCAUGAUCGCCGCAAUUUCAUCGGGUCCGAACUCAUGCGGAGAGUCCUGGAUACGCUUCGCCAUCAUGAACAUCCAGAACUCGUCCAGGUGCUUGGAGUGCCCAAGAGAGAAGGCGAUGUUGGCGAUACUUUUGGGGUCUAUUCUGUGCAAGCGGUCGCAGAUGAAAUCGCUAAACACUCUAAUGUGAUCGCUGUUGAACUGCGACAGGUUCCUUUUGAGCACCAGCAGGUUAACGACGCGGUUGAGUAUUUCCUCGUCGAGUGCCUUGACCUCCUCAGCCAAAGCGGCACCUUCCUCCUUUACCUUUGCGUCGAGCUUCUGCAACUGGGAGCCAAUAUGAUCGAAAAUCACACUCUCCUUUUCGAAAGUGUACUGUAUUAUUGCGGCACUGGCCAGUGCGUCGAGCACGACGGGUAA